AUGAGUGUAUUUCCUGGAUUUGGUGGCUGGAUCAAUCAGAACAUCCAACAGCCUCCUAAGGCUGAGUCCAGGAGAUCUAAGAAUGUUAAAUCUAAUUCAGUGUCAGAGAAAGAUACUAAUAAUGAGGAAGGACUAAAUUAUGACGAAGAGGAAACCAAGAGGCAAAAUGAACUAUGGAAAGCUGCAGAGAAGAAGCAUCCAUGGUAUGAUGCACCUCCUAAGGUGAAGGCAACCAAAUCAAGAAAGGUUUUGAAGAAGGAUGGACCGAGGCAGAUUGUGAGAUUGAAGAAAGCUGUGGCAUGGGACUUUCUAUGGUGGUCUGGAGAAUUUCCGAUAAAUCUAAUUGUCGAUGUAAACAAAAAAGAUCUUACAGCAAAAUAUAAAAAAGAGAAAAUGAUGUUCAUGAAAGUUUUCGAAGGUAACUGGAAGAUAGAGCCACUAUAUGUAGAUUCAGUACGUUUGUGCAAGCAAAGGGAGCCGAAGAGUCUACAAGAAUACAAAAAAUGUAGUGGCGGACAAGGAAGGGUUGGAUCGAAAGUAACAAUGGACCAAUAUUUUCAGCCAUAUCCUCCUUUUAAUCUGCCACCAAUUUCUUGGUUCAUUCGUGAUAUCACCAUCAGGACCACAAAAACCCUGCUCAAAAUGCUUCAACAUGCGAGUGUUGUACUACGAGAGUGAGUCUCUAGAUAACGAUGUUA